GUGAGGAUACUUUAAACUGCUUCUUAAACGCUUUGCAACUUUUAUGCAUUUCUUCUGACAUUAUACUGGCGAACAGUCCAAACUGGCAGAUGAUGUGGUCCGUCAUCACACUGUGCGCUGCGCUGCUCUAUUUUGUGGCAGCAGAGCAGCUUGAAAUUAUCGAUAAGCCGGUGAGCUUCCCAGAAGCCGAGAAGGCAUGUGUUGCGAAAGGUGGCCAUCUUGCUUCCAUUCAUGACCGAAACCAUAACGACAGGUUGAAGGACAUAUGCAGAGGUUCUGGUUCCCCGCACAACUGUUGGAUUGGUCUGAAGAAUGAUGGACAAGACUGGAAGUGGACCGAUGGCACCUCUCUGGACUACACAAUGUGGCAUGCCGGAAAUCCCACGACUGUGACCGGGUCGUUAUGUGCAGCCAUUGUCCGUCAAUACUCCGACGUUGGCGAGUGGAUAUCAGAAAGUUGUGACGCCCCCGACACAAAAGCGGUGGCACUGUGUUCCAUUGGUGGAAGCCAGAACCCCAACACAGGAAAUCAGAACACACCAAACCCGAACACAGGACACACCAACCAACCAGUCACAGCACAACCAGUGACGUCAAAACCCGUUACCAUGGCAGUACCUGAUUUAGGGAAAGCUCCAGCUCGAAAGGGAACACGGUUGACCGUGAAGGGGACUGACUUUGAACAAAACGGCAAGAAGGUUUUUCUGUCCGGCGUCAACCAGGCCUGGAUAGCCUACGGCUAUGACUUCGGAGACAACAACUACGAAUACAGGCACCUAGAGUUUGAAAAGUACCUGAAGUUGGUAGCUGACAAUGGCGGCAAUUCUAUUCGUGUGUGGGUGCACAUCGAGGGAGCUGUCACUCCCCAUUUUGACGCAUCUGGCAUGGUCGUGAGCCUGGAUCAGAAGGGCACCUUCAUCAGCGACAUCAAGAAGUACCUGCGGAAGGCCCUGGAGUACAACAUCCUCAUCUUCUUCUGUCUGUGGAACGGGGCUCUCGCACAGAACGACCACUUCAAGCUGGACGGGCUGAUCAAAGACGAAGCUAAGCUGCAGUCGUACAUAGACAAUGCCCUGAUCCCGUGGGUGAAGGCGGUGAAGGACGAGCCCUCAAUGGGAGGCUGGGACAUCAUCAACGAGAUGGAGGGAGAAAUCAAGCCAAACCUGGCCAACGCGGAACCCUGUUUUGAUACAAAGUUCCUGCUGAAUUCCGGGGCAGGUUGGGCGGGCCAGAAGUACACGGCCGAGGAGUUUCUGAAAUUCAUAAACUGGCAGGUGGAUGCUAUCAGACAGGUUGACCCCCAGGCGCUCGUCACCGCAGGGUCGUGGGAGGCCAGGGACAACGUCGACAAAUGGGGAGGCUUCAAUUUGUACAAAGACGAGUGCCUUGUAAAGGCUGGCGGCAAAAAGAUGGGCACGCUGACGUUUUACUCGAGCCAUACCUACUCAUGGCAAGGGAAAUACAGCGAGUUCUCUCCCUUUAAGCACGUCUUCGCCGACUACGGACUUAAGAAGCCGUUGGUGGUAGCCGAGUUUAACCAGGUGUCCGGGGCAGGGAUGGACAUCGUUGACCAGUUCAAACACCUGUACACCAGUGGCUACGCUGGAGGAUGGACCUGGCACGCGAAGGCUGAUGGCGCCAACAGUGACUCAACAGCCAAUCAGAUGCGAGGACUUCUGUCACUGAAGGGCAAGGUCGACCAGACGGAGGGAGGCCAGAUUCCACUCACGUUGUGAUCAAUCAGUGCCUAGUCCAGCCCUAAUGUGUAAACAGUUAUAGGCAGUUCAAAAAUAAUCGUUUGCAUAUUUGCGUAGACAAUGCAUAUUUCAAUGAGAUCAACUGAAAUAAAUAUUGAGAGUUU